AUUGCGUUGCCAAAUCCUCUGUCUCAUUAACCAUCGACCAAUUACUUACCUGGGAUCGUAAGAGCAUUUCCAAGAAUUUAAUACAUGCGCACAUCUAUACAAAUUACAGUAACUAUUAUAGUAAAUGAUUAUAUUUCAAAACAGCUAUAAAAUCCUUUACUUAGGUUCUCAAUCUGACUUAAGUUGAUUGCGGUGAUUUAAUCAGAAAUACCUGGCAACUUUCGGCCACAGCACAGAGGCAAAUGCGGACUGCUUAGCUAGUGUGCUAGCAACAUACAUGUGGAGGGGAUCACAUCCCAAACUCUGCCCAAAUUCCCCUUUAGACUGCCAAAUACCGCCAACUGCCUCUGUAUCCCUCACAACAAACGUGUUUUCUUCAACAUGAAAGGUAGCCGGAUCGAGUUGGGGGACGUUACACCCCACAACAUUAAACAGUUGAAGCGUCUGAACCAAGUGAUCUUCCCUGUCAGCUACAACGACAAGUUCUACAAAGAUGUCCUUGAAGUAGGAGAGCUCGCCAAACUAGCGUAUUUCAACGACAUCGCAGUUGGUGCCGUGUGCUGUAGAGUGGAUCACUCUCAGAACCAGAAGCGACUCUACAUCAUGACCCUGGGUUGCCUAGCACCUUACCGCAGACUUGGCAUAGGAACAAAAAUGCUGAACCAUGUGUUGAACAUUUGUGAGAAGGAUGGCACUUUUGACAACAUUUACCUUCACGUGCAGAUCAGCAAUGAGUCUGCAAUUGACUUCUACCAGAAAUUUGGCUUUGAGAUCAUCGAGACAAAAAAGAACUAUUACAAGAGGAUAGAGCCAGCAGAUGCCCACGUUCUUCAGAAAAGCCUGCGUAGCCCAUGUGAGCCCCCAGCGGGAGAGCUGCAGAAAGCCGACUAGGGGUCGAAGCGUGACACCAGAUUGGUCUUUUCCCCCAAAUGGAACUGUAACAGAUGCCCCAGGGUUGACACACUCACCACUUUCUUCAGAGGACAUUUUAGACAGAAAAUUCAAUGACGUAUUUGCUGCAUUUAUUGUGCAAAAACUUUAGUCCCCCCUCAAUUGUUUUUAUUUUUUCUUUUUCGUUUCAUCAUUUAGAGAGUUGAAAUUACAUGGAGGUUUUCAAGCAGAAUUCAUAA